UUUUACUACCGUUUUUCAACGCUAGGUGGCGAACAACUUAGAUCGUAAAUGCAUAGAAGUGUACAAAACUGGAAUUGCAUUUCUUUUUUACAGACAGAUCAACCAUUGUGGAAUUGUUUUCAUGUUGUAUAAUCUUAUUUCCAGUUAACAUCAAUAAAUAAAAGAUAUUUAAUUGUGACUGUAACUCAGAUUAAGAGACUAAAUUUUGUUCGAAAUUUUAAAAUAAUUCUAAAACAUGGCACAUUACAAAGGAGCAGCCAGUGAAGCUGGCAGAGCGAUGCAAUUAAUGAAAAAGAGAGAAAUUGCUCAGCAAGAAAUCGAAUUAAGGAAAAAGAAGAUAGAAGAUGAUUUAAAGAUUCACAAUAUAGAGAAUAAAUUUGCAACUCACUAUAAUGCUGUUGAACAACAAUUAAAAACAUCCACUAUCGGUUUAGUGACGUUAAAUGAAAUGAAAGCAAAACAAGAGAAUAUAGUAAAGGAACGAGAAAGGAAACUUGCGCAGAAAGAACGUGAAAAAGAACAAGAAAAAGAGAGAGCUCUUGCCGCGAAGCAAGCUGAGAAGAAUAAACAGAAAAAACAAAUACAAGCUUUAUCAUUUAAUUUGGAUGAAGAUGAUCUAGAAGUUUCUGAUGAAGAGUCAGAAUUGAAAUUAGAAAAAAUGAAAGACCAUGAUGAUGAUGAUAAACCAGUAAUAAAAAAGAUAAAGAAAAAUCCAGAUGUAGAUACAAGUUUCUUACCUGAUAGGGAAAGAGAAGAAGAGGAAAAUAGAUUAAGGGAAGAACUAAGGCAAGAAUGGGCUAGAAAACAAAAUGCGCUAAAAGAAGAAGAAAUUGAAAUAACUUUCAGUUAUUGGGAUGGGUCUGGACACAGACGAAGUGUUGUAAUGAAAAAAGGUAAUUCUAUCUAUCAACUCCUUCAAAGAUGUCUAGAAGUUUUAAGACGUGAAUUCAGUGAAUUGAAAACAGUUAUGGCUGAUCAGUUAAUGUAUGUGAAGGAGGAUCUUAUUCUACCACAUCAUUAUACAUUUUAUGACUUUAUUGUGACAAAGGCACGAGGUAAAAGUGGACCCCUUUUUACAUUUGAUGUUCACGAUGACAUUCGUGUCAUGCAUGAUGCUUCUGUUGAAACAGAAGAAUCUCAUGCCGGAAAAGUGUUGCUUAGAUCUUGGUAUGAAAGGAAUAAGCACAUAUUUCCUGCUAGUAGAUGGGAACCUUUCGAUCCAACUAAAAGUUACGACAAAUAUACGGUAUCCGAUAAAAAUAGGAAAAAGGAUAAAAUUUAAUGUAUAUAGUAUAGAAAAUUAUUGUAUAUGGACAAGACUGUGUUCAAUAGAAGAGAAUGAAUACUAUACAGUAAGUUGAAUAUUGCGGCAGGUAUUAAAUAUUCGAAACUUGUAUUAAUAUAUAUGUAUUUAAUUAUAGUCAUUCGAAAUUUACAAUUUCUUUAAUCAUUAAGGGUAGUGAGUAGGCACUGCUUAAACUAGAAGCCAAAUAUCAUUACAUAUUUUUUGUACAUUUAAAAUAAUGCAUAAAAAUUCCAUUAAGCUAUUCUUAGAAAAAUAUUUCAUAUGUAUCAUUAAUAUAAUAUUUUCAGAGAUGUUUUAUUUUUCGAUGGUCUCAUUUAUGUCAUUUCAGUGUUUCAUUUUGAUUCUGUUAAAAGACCUGACAAUACUAGGAGAAAUUUGACACUGUUACGAAAAAGUUGUAAAUGUAUGAGAUGAAUUAUAUAAUUUUAGAAAAGUACAUUUGCCUCAUACGUUUAUCUCAACUUCGGCGACAUUUAAAAUUGACGAUGGAUCAAUGAUUCGGGCUUCCUUUAUCACUUCAUCCAGAAGAUUUUUAUCGGUAUCUUGCAAACUUUUCAUUGUUGGUACACUGUUUACCGUGGAAAUCACAAUACUCGCAUUAAACACGCUAUCAUGCGGCUUCAUAAAUUGCCCUCGAUCAUUGCGGAAGUCCUUACGAUAGACCUGUUAAUUUAAAAAUUUUAAACAGCAUUUUCCUUAUGAACUUUUUCUCAAACUGU